GGCCAGUCGCCCCAGCCACACAACAUACUGAAAACAUGGCUGCUUCUGUGCGGGUGAGGACGUGGAACAGCACGGCUAGCUCAGUGAAAACCUGGCUGCUUUAUUUGACAGGGAUUAUUUUACUAGGAGAUGUAAAUAGCGGGGUAAUGGCAGCUCCAGAACCGGGACAAUGGAGCAUUACAGUUGUCAAUACCUCAAGACCAUUACUUUUGAGGAAAUCCAUGUAUAAAGACACUGAUAUCAAAUUGAAAGUUGUGUCCUUUGGUUGUCCAGAGGAGGUGACUUUUACCAUUCAAUGGUACUUGAAAUACUACCCCUGUCACAACGAGUUCAAUAAUAUUGAGGAAAUGUAUGAGAGGACGCCACUGAGUCGAGGACAGAGUAUGGAUCCUAACCCUCUAGGACAAGGGGAAUGCAUUGAGCACAAGCACAAGCCCUUGACCUGCAACAAUGACCUGCGAUACUUCCCAAUGCUAAAUAAAGCCAAGGCGGAACCACGGCCAGUUGUCCCGCCCAUGGAAGGAGCAGCACCGGGUUUGGAUGAAAACUACACCAAAUGGACGAUGGUGGAGUACGACAAAGUCAGCAGUGUGAAGAAUGCCAGUGUGUCACUUAAAGAUGACGUCAUCGCCACCACGUGGAAGGACGGCCCCUACCUGCUGGUGGUGGUGAUUAAGUCUAACAAACAGGAAGCCAACUGGAAUCUAACAGUAAACGUCGUAAUGAAAGGAACUCACGGCUACAUCUCCAUCACUGAAUGGCCCCUCAUGAUCUUCUACAUGGUGAUGUGUAUAGUGUACGUCUUGUAUGCGUUACUCUGGUUCAUGUGGGCUGCCUGCUACUGGAAGGACUUACUGAGGAUCCAGUUCUGGAUAGCUGGAGUCAUCUUUCUGGGCAUGGUGGAGAAGGCAGUGUUCUGUGCUGAGUACGAGAACACCAACGGUGUCGGGGCAGCUUCUCCAGGCCUGUUGAUCUUUGCUGAGCUCAUCUCUGCUCUGAAGAGAACCCUUGCACGGCUGCUGGUCAUUAUAGUCAGUCUGGGAUAUGGUAUAGUCAAGCCUCGACUGGGUACAGUGAUGCACAGAGUGGUGGGACUAGGCGUCCUAUACUUUGGCUUUGCUGCUAUCGAAGGUGUGCUUAGGAUCACUGGGGGUCGUGACAAUGGCCCUUUCCUCAUCACGGUCGUUGUUCUAGUUGUGAUGGACUCCUGUAUCGUCUGGUUCAUAUUUGUGAGCCUGGCUCAAACCAUAAAGACACUGAAGCUGAGGAGAAACCCAGUCAAGCUGUCUCUCUACAGACACUUCAGUAACACACUCAUCUUUGCCAUCAUAGCUUCAAUCAUUUUCAUGGUGUGGACGACAAAAAAAUUCAGGCUAGCAGAUUGUCAGUCGGACUGGAUGGAGCUGUGGGUAGAUGAUGCCUUCUGGAGGUUCCUGUUCUCCAUCAUACUGCUGGUUAUCAUGUUCUUAUGGAGACCAUCUGCAAACAACCAGAGGUAUGCGUUCACUCCUCUGAUGGACGACUCUGAUGAUGAGGAGAUCGAGGAGUUCCUGGUGUCAGCUAAUUUAGCUGACGGCAUAAAGUUGAGAGCCACCAACUCCAAGAGUGAGACGAACGGUUCAGCCAAGCCUUCAGGACCCAACCCGGAUGAAGACAUGAAGUGGGUGGAAGAGAACAUUCCUACAUCUUUAACAGAAGUAGCGUUGCCUGUCCUUCUCGACUCGGAUGAGGAAAUCAUGACCACAAAAUAUGAAAUGUCCAAGAUGGAGUAACAUGGAAAGUCUUCCUACUAACCACGGUGGACGCAGAGCAUCUCUUCCUCCCUGAGAUUGGUUCCUUGGGUUCCUCCUGCAUGGCAUGGAAGAGACACCUAGGCCUGUUUAGGCUGAGACUCAGACCUCUGUUCCACUACUGUGGCUUAACGCAACACCUCUGACUUGGCAAUCAGCAGGGUCCUAUUCAUUGGGCAUCAAACUGAAGAAAAUUGAUUCAAACGGGGAGGUACUAUCUGAACUUGUCCAAUAAGAAAUGCUCAUUUUAGUUUUCCUUUUCAAAGUGUUUUGUUAUGUUGUGCCCUAAUGUAUUUGACCUAUGUUAUAUGUGGGCAACAGAAAAUGGUCCGUCUGUCGCUCACCCUCUGCAAUACGCCUAUUGUGUGUGUCCUAAAUAGCACCCUUUUCCGUAUAUCCCUUUUAUAGGGAAUAGGGUGCCAUUUGGGACGCAACUUUUGUGAAAGACUUCUGUUCCAAAAAGAAAAUACUUCACUUUAUUUUAAAUGCUGUAUGUUUUUAUUAACAUUUUUUCUCACUAAACUAAACGUGACUUUAUACUGUGUCUUGGAGAGAGGAACAAGCUGGUAGAUUAUUUCAACACCAAUUGGACACACUACAUAAGACAUUACCAAUAUUAUUAUUUUGAUAGAUAACAUUGAGGUGUAUAGUAAACGUUAUUUAUUAUAUAUUUCACUAUGUGAAGCUUUAUUUCUUCCGAACCAAAGUAUAAUGUGAUGUGGGGGUGGGUGGGUGUUUGGUAAAGAGUUUGUGUGUUUGUCUAGGCUGGGACACAGGAUUCAUACGUGUAGUGUGAGUUACGCAGUACUAAACAGAAGUGUUCUUGAUAAUGUCAGUGUACUAUUGCAGGACUUGAGGUCUGUUCAGGAGGAUGUAACAUAACAGAAUGUUCAGAUAGAAAUGUAUGGUGUAGAACAGAUGAUUCUUUCAGAUAUAAAUGUAUGGUGUAGAACAGAUAUGAUCUUUCAGAUAGAAAUACACAGAAUAGGGAAUCAUGUCAGCUCUAUUCAAUCUACUAUCAAUGUUCAAAAAGUUUCACAUCACUGAAUGGACCCAUGAGGUUGGUAGAGGCAGUACUGUAAUUGAUGCUCACGUCAUUGAGGAGUUGUGUGUUUGAAUGUGAGUGGAGCCUGGUUCCAGAUCAGCAAUAACAGCGUUACAAUGUCCAUAGGAGUAUGCAAGACUGCACAAACACACCUGGGACCAGGCUAGGAAGUCCUCUGUUUACGCUAGUCAAAUAAAGAGCAAUGUUAUAUAUGUCCUA